AUGCUGCACUCGAUUUUUUCGAACCCGUUCGAGGCCAGCGUUCCCGCCCAUAGCAGCCCGAUCUCCAGCCCGCCGGGCUCGCCAGAGAAGAAGAACAGACCGUCUUUGCUGGACGACUUCGCCUCCGGCAACACCACGCUCGACGACAUCAUCGAGCUGCCCAAGCCCGCGGCGGCCCCCGCAGACCAUCUUUUUGCCAGCUCCGCCCAGCUGUUCGACUUCGACAGCUACCUCCGGUCGGUUGAUCUCGACGGCCAGCUGUUCAGCCCGAGCACGACCGACCUCGACUUCUCCAGCGUCGAAAAGACCACCAUCAGCGACAUCGACGGCAUGAUCGGCAACCUCUCGAUCGACGAGAUCGACGCGCGGGUGCGCUCUGCGCCGGACGUCGACGAGCACGAGGACAUUGGCGACAUGGACUUUGGAGCAGAGCUCAGCAAGUUCCUGCGCGCCAGCAACAACCAUCUUGCCGUGGACAUCCACCAGGACGAUUUCCAGCUUGAGUUCGACGAGAACGAGCCACAGCCCGCCGCCCGCGACAAGCACAGCUCGCCGCUACGCAUCUGCACCCCUACAAAACAGCCUAUCCAGAGACCCAUCAUCAAGCCGUGCCACAAUUUGCUGAACCUCAUAGUGGAGAGCUCCGACGGUAGCAUAGAGGAUGCUACCAAGUACGCGACCGAGAUCAACUCGCAGAACUGUCUGGGGAUCCCGAUCCCAGAGAAAACAACAGAGCUGGUGACGAUUCCGACGGCGGGACCCGCCGUGGACGGCGUGCGCAAGGCCGCGAUCGUGCGCGCGGUGCUCGCCAGAACCACCGCGCUGCGGCGACCGGAAAAGACGCUUAAAAAGGUCGGCUUCUACACAGAGUCCGAGAGACAGAGCUUUCUGCAACUCAAGCACAGCCACAGACGCCAGCACAAGCCCGGCUCGCUCAGCCACCAGCGAACACUCGACAAGCUCAAGGAGGAGCUACAGGAACUACACGAAAACCAGGAGAACGUAAGCCCUGGCGGCGCCAAGCAGGGGCCCAAGACGUUCUCGUACUCGGACCGCAACCGCAAGCGCGUCUCGUGGGCGAGCUCGCUGGAAUGGUAG